AUAUAAUUAAGGUUAGAUUAUAUGUUGAAUUUCAUACUUAUGCUUUACGUUUCCAAUUAGUCAUGAAUGAUUUGGCUUCAUUUUGAUUAGUCUUGUUCAAAAUCAUUAUUCUUACGGCUUUCUUGAAGGCAAAAGAGUGGACAUAGAUUGUGAUGAUGGCCUCACGGGUUCAGCUUUCACCCAAGUAGUGUGGUAGUUUCUGAAGGGGUGGAACCUCAUCUGUUCAUAUAAGAAAAUUUAACCGCUUUCAUAUUCUAUCAGCUAUGGUCAUGGAAAUGGAAGCAGUUUAUAACCGCAGCGACCACUGCGGAAUAUGUUGAAAGGCUAACAAACAGAAAAGUGCAUUGAUAAAGAGCUUUAUCUGAGAGUAUGAGUAGUCUCAGAGGACAAAUAGCUUCAAGACCUAUGAGGGAGAUCUUCCUAACAUCGUCAUCCCUGUCUUUCUCUUCAUUGUCUUCCUCUGUUUCAUGGGAUGAUGCCAUAGAGCUCAACUUGAAAGAGUCCAAAGCAUCUUCUUCUGAGGAUAAGAGUCAUCAUCAGCAGAUCAAUGGGGAGUUUUCAAAUGCUUCUUCUUCUUCUCAAGGCACUGAAAUGUCGGGUUCCACUCAUGUCAAGAUGCGACCACCAGUUCUCUUGAUGGAUAAAGGUGUAGGGAACUACGAUCCUGAAAGAAUCCCUCCAUCGGUGUUUGGCAAGACUGGGGAUGUGACUUGGAGCGAACUUUCGAAUGAGUCUUUGUUUAGUCUGACAUUUGAGGGGAAUAGAAAGUCAAACGCUCAAGCACCUCGUCAAACCAAUAUAAAAGCUGAAGAGGUUUUGAUGUCCCCGUCUCUGCUAUCCACACCAGAGGAGGCAAAAGAGAAGAGAUCUGAAGUGAGAGAGAUAAAGAGUGGAGAAACAAGAGUGGAGACUCAGAGUCGUAUUCAUCAAGAGAAGUACUACUCCUUGUCAACUCAAGAUGUCCCCUUGAGUUCAAUCCCCAGCAACUUCUAUUGCUUAUAUGCACCACCCCCCAAAAGGGAUCAAUAUUAUUCCCUUCCUGCAGGUGGGAACAAGAGUAAGAAGAGAAAGAAGACAAGAAAGAGCAAGAUGAAGAAGAAGAAGGACAAGAAAAAGAAGAAGACCGAGGAGGAGAAGAAGAAGAAUAAGUGCUGCAUGUGGUCUUGGUUGAGCUCAGUGUUUUCAAAGUGCGAGUGUGACUUGUCGUCCUGCUACAAAUGGAGAAAGUGUUGUUGUGCUGCAUAGAGCCAAAAACUAUGGUUUUUGUAACUUUUCUUCAUCGUGAGAAAUGU